CCUAAUCUCGCGCUCCUGACGCAGCUGGUCCGCACGUGUGCGUGUUUCACGGAAGGGGCCACGAGCAGACCGGCCCCCCCCGAGGGACGACAGUGGGUGUUGACGGUCGAACAAAGGUCCGCUCGACUAAUCGGGGGGUGACGCUCUGUGAGGUCGUUACCUGCGGAUGAAAGUCGGGUAGUUGAGCCGCAUCUCUGCGGGACAGACCCCCCCCCGGUCCCCCCAGCGUCUGGGCUCAUUACCAACCAUUUUAACAUGUGGGUAUUCACAGCGGCAGCGCAUCUGCGCAAGUCGCCGCUUGUUUUGGGCAGAGGACCGCACAGGCCGGGGACCGUCCCAAGAGUGGGCUCUCAGUUUGCCUCUCACCAUGUCACAGCUGCUCUCCUGUGCCCAGCGGACGGUGGCAUCGACCCCGCGGUGAGGAAACGACACAGGCACAAGCCAGCCGUCUCUGAUGGGGGGCGGGACCAUGACGGGUCAGUCCAGAGUAAAGUGCGGAGGAAUGAGAUCCCAUUGCUGCAGAGGACGAAUCUGAGGAAGGCCGACGGCCACAGGGUAUCUUCUGAACUCAGGAAACUGUGUCUGGAGGACCUCCCCGCAGAGAGGGACAGGCCGGGGACACAGAAGUCAACGCUGGGCUCCAAAGCAGAGAGCCACGAGAUCGUUUUCGGCAUCGCUCCCUGUCUUUUGGCUCUGACUCAGGGCAGAAGAAAGGCCCGAAAACUGUUCAUAAAAGACGGCGAGUCCUCUCACAGGGCUUCCCUGUUAAAGGUGUGUGAGGAGGCCUGUCGGCGAGGAGUACAGGUCCAGCGGGUCAGCAAGAGGGAUCUGGACAGGAUGUCCUCUGGGCGAGUACAUCAGGGGGUUUGUCUGCGAGCCAGUCCUCUGAGCUAUCUCGCCGAAGACGCGGCCUCCGCGCCCGACGGAGGAGACACCCCCCUCUGGCUUGUCCUGGAGGGAAUUCAGGACCCGAUGAACCUCGGCGCCAUCCUGCGCUCUGCCUACUUCCUCGGUGUGGACAGAGUCGCCAGCAGUCUCCGCAACAGCUGUCCGCUGUCUCCAGUGGUCAGCAAGGCCAGCUCGGGCACCAUGGAGGUGCUUGGGGUGUACGGAUAUGAAAGCCUCGAGGAUAUGUUGAAGUCGAAGGUGGCACGGGGCUGGCAGGUGGUGGGCACGGUGGGAGCUGGACCGGACGACUCUCGGAUUCCCGUCACCCGGUGCUCGGACUUUCAGCUAACUAAACCCACGCUGUUGCUGAUGGGAGGCGAGGGCGGAGGGUUGUCCCGGGGGCUGCUCUCUCUGUGCCAAACCCUGCUCACCAUCCCGGCCGGCAGAGAUUUGUUUCCCGGCAUAGAGUCGCUGAAUGUCUCUGUAGCUACCGGCAUCCUGCUGCACUCCCUGCUCCUCUCCAGGAGGCCGAGCAGAUGAGCACCGUCGAUGCAGUACCGUGCAGAUGUUUGAGGCGCUGAAAGCCCAAGUUAAAAAGUAGGUUGAUCCAGCAUCUUGGAGAACCUGCCUCAGUUCUUCUGUGGAUUCAGUCUUUCUCAGUGUCUUCCGUCUCUUCACGUGAUCCCAGACUGACUCCAUGCUUAGAUCGGGGCUCUGCCGGGGGGCCAGAACCAGCCGGUUGCCGAACUCCUCCUUGUUCUCGUCUCCGAAGGGAGUCCGUCAUGACUCUGGUCGUGCGUUUUGGGCUCGUCGUCCCGCCGCAGAAUGAAAUUCUGGGGCCGACCAGACGCCUCCCUGAUGCGACUGUGUCUUACGGAUAAGAAUCUAAACAUCUAAAGAGCCGAAAGCUUUUCGCUGUACUGCUUCUGCUUGAACUCGAACGAAAGAUGCAAUGGAGCUGAGAAUCGGCCGUUGAUGUGCAGCAGAGUUGCACGUUGGUGUAUGGGAAAUUUAAUACGUCUCCGCUAUCUUCGGAAGUGGCUUGAAGGGAUAAGGCUAACAGAGUUCCAUAUUUUUCCUAUUGUCAACAAAUCUCAUUGCAUCCAGAGCUUUGCUAUAUCGUAUUCCUCUGAGCCGUAGAGCUCCAUUGUUGUGCAGAACCCAUUAAAAACAAAACACAAAACCUGUGUAGCUGUGACGUGUUUUUUUAAAGGUUGAGAUCUUUUGUGAGAACAGAUGGGCUUGGUGCUGAGUGGCAGAGACGGGGUCCAGAAGACGGAGAGUAUUAAGAGACCGACUGCACAACUGGUCAUGUCAUGGGAUUUGUUGAUAUUAAUAAAGAUAUACAGUAACACCAGCUCUGUCCUUUAAAAUGCUGCUCUGUUGCUCUCUCGACACACUCGCAAAGAUUUAACGACAGCCUGUAAUUGUGGUAUCAAUAAGUUGUUAAUUGUUUGGCUUUUUAUUUUGAAUAAAAUUAUACUUCGCAUUUA